AUGUUCCUGAGCCCAAGCGAGGGACCUUCAGCCGAGGGCAGUGGGCCAGGGUCUGGUGAGGAAGCCCCCAAGAAGCGCCGGAGGAACCGCACGGCUUUCACCACAUACCAGCUACACCAGCUGGAGCGGGCAUUCGAGGCCUCGCACUACCCGGACGUGUACAGCCGUGAGGAGCUGGCUGCCAAGGUGCACCUGCCUGAGGUGCGAGUGCAGGUGUGGUUCCAGAACCGCAGGGCCAAAUGGCGCCGUCAGGAGCGCUUGGAGUCAGGCUCCAGAGCUAUGGCAGCGCUGCGGCUCCCUGAGGCCCCAGUACUGCCCUUCAUCCGUCCUCCGGCCAGGCCGCUACCCCUGGAGGCCUGGCUGGACCCGGUGCCCCCAGCAGUGCCCGGCCUCCCUCGGCUCCUGGGCCCAGGCUCCAGCAUGCAGGUACCCUUUGGGUCACACGUCUUUGGUCCCGUCUUCGCUGAGGGCUUUACCCUGGAGGAGGUGUCCCUGCGGCUGCUGGCCAAGGAGAACGCACAGGCCCUGGAGAGGACCUGGGACCCGGCCUCAGCCUGGUGCCUGCCUGAUCUUCCCUGUCCCCCGGAGCCUGGGACUCCGUGA